AUGCAAUCUCAUCAAACCCUACAAUACCUUGACACCACAGCAAACACCACCCUUCGCGCCGUAAAUUCCACCUCUGGUAACGAUCCCGUGUACGACGUCCAGCAAUCUGAGGUCGAAAAACUGCAGCAACAAGCCAUCGAGAUAUGGACGGAGAACCAUAGGAUCGCGCAAGAAAUGGGGAGUCCGAGUAGUUUGCAGAAGGGGCUAGCUAAUAGGGCAAUCAAGCAGAAUAUGAAGAAGGUGCAGCUGAUGAGGUUGGUGGCGGGGAAGAAUGAUACGGAGGUUCUUAAAGGGUUGUUGAAGGGAACGGAGGAUGGCAUAAAGCUGAAUGAAGAGGCGCUGAAGGUGACGAAGAGCGGGACGGGGUACAAGAAAUAG